AUGACCGAGCAGGAGAAGGCAGAGUGGGAAAACCUAAACAAGGUAUUAAUGCGUCAUGGGUUGAAACCUGUGAGUCUUGCUGCCCCCCAAAGCUGCAAAGAUACAUCAGAUAUGAUUGUCCUAGACUGUCAGUCUUCUCUAGAAAUAAGACUUGCAUUAAAAACACUGGUGGAAGACAAUGAGCGACAGCAGAAGGUGAUGCAGGGACUUAUGGAGGCAAAUCGAUGUCUUAGAGAUGUGGUACGACUGGAACAAGGUCGGGCAUCUCGGCAAGAGCAACGGGCUAAUGAUUUGGAAAAUGUGGUGAAAAGCAUUAAGGCCAAAAUUUGUCAGCUGGAAGAUGAAGCAAUAGCUAAAGCAUGCCAGCAACAGAACCAAGUCAAAGAACUUCAAAAAGAGCAACAGGCUUCACAGGUAAAAUACCAACAGCAGCAAGAAAAGCUGCAAGAACAGGAAGAGAUUAUUGCCCGUUUGCAGAAGAAGCUGAGCAGAGCUGGGAGGGAGGAGCAGCAGCGAGUUGCUGCUCAAAACAAAAUGUUUUGUCAGUUUUGCAAAAGAGUUCCCAAGUCUCUCCUAGAUCAGCGGUAAGUGAUUCUCUUCUACUCCUGAGCCACCUUAAAUGGAGAAAUUAAAUGGAGAAACAGAUUUUAAAGUAAUGCUUCUUGAUAUUUAUAUGUAAAAAAAAAAGUAAUCUGCAGACU